UUCAAUCCGGGGAAAAUCGUGAAAGUGGAUCGAGUGGAGAAGGAACCACUUGAGCUUCGUGAUAUCGGAGCCGGUUAUUAUGUGGAGGCAGAACAACUAUCGGCCGAAGAAGUGGAGCAAGAAAGAGCAAAGGUUUUGAAGCUUUUAGACUGGAGAUUAAUGCCAAUGCUCUAUGUCACCUAUGUCAUUCAAUUCCUAGAUAAAUUGUCUUUGAACUAUGCCUCGGCUUAUACCCUGAAAUCCGAUCUGGGACUCGAGGGUCAACGAUACUCUUGGGUCGCCGCCAUCUUCAACUUUGGCUAUCUAUUUUGGGCGAUUCCCUCCAACCUCUUACUCCAGAGACUUCCGGUUGCCAAAUAUAUGGGCUGUAUGCUGAUCUUGUGGAGUGUUAUCGUCAUCGCUCAUAUUGGCGCGACCAAUUAUGCCGGGAUUCUGGUUCUCAGAUUUCUGCUGGGAAUGGCAGAAGCAGGAGUCAGUCCAUGCAUGAUGACCUUAACGUCCAUGUUCUACAAGCGUUCCGAGCAGCCUCUCCGUAUGGCCAUCUGGCUGAGCGCCAACGGGAUGGCAACGAUGGUCGGGGCACUACUAGGAUUUGGUCUUGGUCACACACACGAUGGUGCUCUUCAAAGCUGGAAGCUGAUUUUCUUGACAAUUGGCCUUCUCAACUUGGUUAGCGGCGCCAUCUUUCUGGCGCUAAUGCCCGACUCGCCCAGCUCGGCCCGGUUCUUGACACAUCGCCAGCGACUUGUGGCGGUGCGACGUGUGGCGGAGAACAUGAUUGGAGUGAAGACUCGGGAAAUAAAACCCAGACAGGCAUUGGAAUGCUUAUACGAUGUCAAAGUGCUCUGCUGUGCAGGAAUCGGUAUUGCAUGUGGUGUCAUCAACGGUGGCGUAUCCAAUUUCGCAUCUGCUCUCAUCGAAGGUUUCGGAUUCAGCGGUAUAUACGCGACAAUUCUUCAGUUACCACUUGGUGCCAUUGAAGCAGUCAUUGUUCCAAUCUGUGGCUUGGCUGCGACAUAUGUACCCAACUCACGCUGCAUUGUGCUCGCCGUCGUGUGCUUGAUUCCAUUUGGUGGUCUAUUGGGAAUUCGGUUCACUAGCCUCGACCAUCAGUGGACCCUUGUUGGCUGUGCCUGGCUUCAGUAUGUUGUUGGGGCUCCGGUGAUUAUAUGCUGGAAUUUGCUAUCCACCAAUAUCGCCGGCCACACCAAACGGGCAUUUGCCAAUGGCAUUUGGUUCACGGUUUACGCCGGCGGGAAUGUGGCUGGAGCUAACAUCUUCUUUGCUCGUGAGGCCCCGCGUUAUACCUCGGCUCUAACAGGAUUGUUAGUCUGCUAUGCGGGAAUCAUUGUGCUAUCUACAGUUGCUUAUUUCGGAAUGCGAUGGGUCAACUCUAAGAGAGACACUUUGACUAAUGAAGUCCCGGAUCACUGCACUUCUCAGGCGAUUUUGGAUGGAUUCAAGGAUAUGACAGAUAUGGAAUCGAAACACUUCCGAUAUGCACUGUGA